CAGCAAACCAGCGGCCCGAUUUCAAACCCGGAAAUUACGUCUUCCGCGUAUCAACGAAUGAAAGCCACGGAGCGAGCUGAACGUCUGCCCAUUUAGCGCACUUAUUUGUCUCGUCUGUGACGUGCCGGUUGGCUUUGUGUUCUUUCAGUAUAUCGCAUUGAACAUAUAUCAAUAUAGUCUAUUAACUGGAUGAAGUGGUUAUGUGUAUGGGCAAACGCCAGAUUUGACGUUGAAACCUGUCGGACUUGAGGGCAACUGUGAAGAGUAAACAUGGAUGCAGAUUUGUUUAUGGAGUGUGAGGAGGAGGAGUUAGAACCAUGGCAACAGCAACAUUCAAUGGAUGAUCCAGUGGGCAGUGCUGAAAGCAAUGCUUCCACAAGUGAGACAAACAUUGUGUCUUCCACUCCUGCCCCAACAAUUGAUAUUCCAGCCGAGCCUAAGACCAUGGUGAUCCCAAAUCUACCAUCUGUAGUGAAUGCUGUGAGCACCGUGCCACUGCUAACAACUACAUUAGCUCCUCAAGUAGUUUCCGCUCCUAUGCCUGCUGAUAUUCCUAAACCAGUGCAAGGGCAGCAGGUCAUCUUGGCUCCUGGUGGAGGAGGGUUGAGCACUGUGGCUCUAUCACAGGUUCUUCUGCCUGGCACGUCCCCGAUUUCCGGUGCUGCCAGCAGCCAGCCGUUUUACUUCACCACACAGGGUCUUCCUGUCCAGAAUAUGCGUCCUGUCCAGCCAGGCCAGAACCAAGUGGGAUUGGUGCUGAAUGUUCAGCAAGGCCAAACUGUUCGCCCUUUUACAUUGGUGCAAGCACCUGGGACUCAGAUUUUUAAACCAGCUCCUGGAUCAACCCAAAUAAUUACCCAGCCAGCUCAAAUGAGAACCGCAACUCCGGUUGCGAACAUGAUCCAGACGUCUAGGUCCUUCAACACUUUGCAAAUUCCCGCUACUCUUACUAUACGUACAACAACACCGGUAACCAUGCCUACUGCUAAUUCUUUAACCACCAUGCCCACUACAACCACUCAGCCUUCCGCAGCACAAGCCACAACUAAAAUUGUGACGAUAAAGCCAGGAACUUCUUCCAUAGAUCUACAAAACCUAAUGUGCCUUGUGAAAUCAGUUAACUUACCUGGUGGAGCUCAAGCGCAGACAUUUGUCGUCAUGGGAAAUCAAAAAAGCAAUGGAACUUCUCUUGUCUCCUCUGCUGUUCCUGUCACAACUCAAACUCUUGUCCAAACGACCCCUGUUCUAGCGACGAAUACAGCACAAUCUUCACCAAUUUAUUUGUGUCCUCGGUGUGGAGCUCAGUUUAAAAUGGUUGAGGCUCUGCGGAGUCAUAUGUGUUUCUGCUGUCCAGAUGCACGGACGACUGGGAUAAGUGGAACCACACCUGCUGCAAACACCUCAGACACCCAGACUGCACCUAAGAGCCUCACUCCUGUGCCAAAGGUUACGAUAGACAGUCCACCUACCAAGGCUGUGGAUAAGGAGUCCAGACUUGUCAUGCUGGUGGAUGACUUCUAUUAUGGCACUUUUGAGGGAAAUCGGGUCUAUAAGCCUUCAGACAGCUUAAAGGAACCCUUAUCAUUCAGAUGCCUCGCCUGUAACAAGAGCCUGAAAAAUAACAUAAGACUUAUGACCCAUAUGAGGUACCAUGUAGAGUUGGAACAGCAAAAUGGGGACAUGGACACUUCCUGUCAGCACUGUUUUCGUCACUUUCCCACCCCGUUUCGCCUUCAGUGCCACCUGGAGAGCGUCCACACCUCCUUUGAGUCAUCCACUAAGUGUAAGAUAUGUGAGUGGUCCUUUGAGAGUGAGCCGGUGUUUCUGCAGCACAUGAAGAACACGCACAAACCUGGAGAGAUGCCGUAUGUGUGCCAGGUGUGCGAAUAUCGGUCUUCCCUCUACUCUGAUGUGUUUAAACACUUUGUUACCUGGCAUGAGGAUACCCGCCACCUUUUGUGCCAGUAUUGCCUUAAGGUUUUCAAGCAUUCUACCAGUUACCAGCAGCACUAUGUCCGUCAUCAGAAGUCAACAGUUUACCACUGUAACAAGUGUCGUCUUCAGUUCCUUUUCACAAAAGACAAAGUUGAGCAUAAAAUUAACCACCACAAGACUUUCCGCAAACCUCGUGAAUUAGAAGGGCUCCAGCCAGGAACAAAGGUAACCAUUAGGGCAUAUGUCGGACAUAAGAAGACAGCAGGUCAGGCGUCCUCAAAAACAUCGGUUAGUAAGAACAGUUCCCAAACUGUAAAUAGUGAUGACCAGCAAUUAAGACCUCCGAAAAAGAAAGUAAGCAAGAUGUUUGACUUUCUGGCCAAGUUUCAAGAGCAGAGGCCGCUGCUGGAUAAACAUAAGUGUGUGGAAUGCACUUUUGAAAUCACAGACUUUGCCAAUCACUAUCCUACAUACGUCCACUGCUCACUUUGCUUUUACAGCACAUGCUGUUCCCGUGCUUACGCAAACCACAUGAUCAACAGUCACGUACCUGGAAGAAUGGCGAAAGCUUUAAAAAGGAGUCCGCCAAGCGGUUGGAAGCUGAGCUGUGCAGAUUGUGACUACACAACUCCUCAAGGGAAUUUGAUGGCUAAACACCUGGUGAAGUUCCCUGAUCACUCGGCUUGUAUAUUCACUCAGAGAGAGUGUUUGGAGACAGACAUAGAGUUCUGCCAGGUUGAGGAGGAGGAGGUGGAGGGUCCACAAGGGGUUGAAGCUAGUGGUGUUGGGACACAGCCUGACUGGUUGUCCAUGGAGCACUGGAGUGUGCCAGGUGAUGAAGAAACUGUGCAAGAAUUCACAGAGAGUUGCGGCCCACUGCAUUCAGUUCCCAAGACGAGCGAUGUCCUCGACUACUUCCAGCUUGUUUUUCCGGAUGUCGUCUUUGAUCACAUUGUUUACGAGACCAAUUCUUAUGCAAGUUAUUGCAAUUCGUUUGGCAACGGAGACCCUACCUGGUAUCCUUUGGUUAGAGAGGAGCUCAAAGGCUUUUUUGGUCUCUGUAUCCUCAUGGGACUUGAUGGCCUGGCGGAUCCAGAGACGUACUGGUCCUCGGACUAUCGCAGUGGAAGCUUUUGCUACAAAACAUCUGAGCUCUUUCACUGGACCAUGUCUUACGCACGUUUCAAGCAGAUCAGCGUACACAUCAGAAUGAGCAGUAUGAUUGUGGAAAAAGACAAGCAAAGCGUUGACAAGCUACACUUUUUUGAGCCUGUGUUGAGUGUCUUACAGACAAGCAUGCAAAAGGCCUACGGUCCAAAUAAGUGUCUGACAAUUGAUCAAGCUUUUUUACCAAGCAACGACAAGGGAAUCAAAAGGGAGAAGAGUGAAAAUUCCCAGCCCAAGAUAUGGCUACUGUGUGAUUCCAAGUCUGGCUACUGCCACAAAUUGUUAAUCUCGACGCAACAGGACAAACGCAAAGAUCUGGGAAAAUCUGUCGUGCCGCAACUCAUAGAAGGCCUUCAGGGUAAACAUCACCACAUCUUCUUGUCCAGUUCACUAGCGUCUGUUCCUCUAAUGCAGGAGCUGUAUGAGGCCGGCAUAUACUGCUCCACCUCUGUCUUGCCUCACAGUCCUAUUCUGCCAACUGAGUUUUGGGAUCUCCCUGCGCUGGACGAUCCAGGAGAUUUUCAACAGUUUAAAUACCCCCCGUUACUUGUUACCAGAUGGAAAGAUUCCAAGCAACUGGUAUGCCUAUCCACAAACGCUGAAGCAAGGCAGCCAGACAAAGUCUGGAGGAGAUCUGCUCAAAUUGGUGAUCUCGUCUCCAUCGAAAGACCUCUGGCGUUUAAGCUACUCCAGGACAACAUGCGUGGAGUUGACAUUUGUAAUCAGUUGCUGACCUGCAACCAACUCGGCGGACUGGUUCUUGACACCAAUUGGCGACGUCUCUUCUGGUUCCUUGUGAACUUGAGCGUCAUUAACUCUUUCAUUGUUCUGCGAGAGAUGCGAAAAGACACUCCACCUUUGUGGUUGCCCGGGGGACACUUCUCCCAGGCCAUCUAUCGUAAACGGCUGGGGUAUAAGUUGGCCAGGUUUGGUGAAAGAUAUGCCCGCCAGAACCAAAACUUCGGGAAUACAUCCCAGCCAAGCAUCAAAAGAGAGAUCAAAACAGAGAAUUUGGAGACACAAGAAGGAAUCAGACAUCAAUUAGCCAAAAUUUCACGUAAAACGAGAAGAUGUAAGCUUUGCAGCAUAAUGAACCUGCGUCGUGAGAGUGUGUAUGGCUGUACGGAGUGCCUUGUGAAUCUGUGCAAGCGCCCUUCCUGCUUCUGGAACUACCAUGGUUUCUCAGCUAAUUUCCAAGGUAAUCCCAGGGUUGGAUUUGUGGCCCCUAAGAGGGAAGGCAAUUCAUCUGCACUUGCCUAUAACACAGGAAGGCUGCACACCUCAUCGUUCGGUCCAGGUGAUGGUCAGAAUGAAGGUAUGGACCAAGAAAUGGCCCCUCUUGAAGAAACUGACAUGGACACUGAUUCAACUGAAAGUGAUGUGGAGCUACAGGACACAUUAAACAAACAAAUGGAACCUGCAGAGGUAACCAAUUCCACACUGUCCCAAACUCUAAAAGACAAAGAGGAGCCUCUCUCCAUUCAUCAACAUCAAACACUACUGCUAGCAUUGUGCUCUGGAAUCCAAAAAGCUUCGAAAGAAAAAGACACCAAGCCUCGGCUCAUUAAAAAAUGGCUUCGCUGCAGAGAGAAACAAUUACGGCUUUCGGCCGAAGGCACCAGCAGUAGAUCCGGAGAGACCGUCGAUCGUCUAGUGGAGUGGGUUUUGGCCAAACGGGAACAGCAGCAUCCUGUCAGUGAGGCGAAACUGUUCGAGAAAGCUUCAGAGAUGCAAACUCAAUUCAACGAGAGCAGCUCUUUUCGUUUAUCAUAUGAGUGGGCUGUGAGCUUCAUGUUGCAGCACAAACUGGGCUUGGAUGUCUCCAUCGCAGAACAACGGGAACUUCCUCGUGCAAUGGAAGAAAGCUGUCGGUGCUUCACAGAGAUCGUGCACAGCCAAAUCAAGACAAACAGUGUCCAGAAAUGUGUGAUUGGUGCUAUGGAUCAGCUGUCUAUUUAUGUGGAUUUCAACUUGCUGAAUGACGACACCGGCACAGGUAAAGAGACGGCAUUUCAGUUGACUGGGUCUGGUAAACCUUUCGUUAAAAUUUACCUUUCAAUGCUUGCUAAUGGAACGGUGCUUCCCGCGAUGCUCUUCACGAGUCACAAGUUGAGCAAAAGCCUGCCCGACUCAGUCCUACUUAUGGCCAAAGAGGAAGGUUUUAGUGGACCAGAAGAAAUCGAGCUUUGGGCCAACCAGGUGUGGAAAGAGCACCUCGACUCACAGAGUGAAACCGAGGCCGUGCUGGUUAUGGAUAGCCACCAUAGUCGUGCAUCUGAGGAUUUCAUAUCAACAGUCAGUAGCACUAAAACUUUACCUGCUGUUGUUCCAGCUGGGUGUACCGGACGACACCAACCCCUGGAGAUGUGUGUGCGCCCUGCGCUUCAAAAGUUUCUACUUGAUCGUUGGUCACAAUCUGGUGCAUCUGGUGUUCAGCCUGAAGACCUGGUGGAUCUUCUUGUUACUUGGUUAGGAGAGGCCAUGACUUGCUUGUCGAGUAAGCCUGAGUUUAUUCAGCAUUCGUUCUGCUUGGCCCGACUGAUUCCUGAACAUUCGCAGGAAGAACAUACGGAUUUGCCAGGUACUCCAAUGGAGCUAAUUCGUUUGCUGUCGGAUGCCACGCUUGGACCUGACGUAGUAGAAAUCGUGGAAGAGGAAGAGUCAAUGGACACGUGUACUGUAAGCAAGGUGAAUCCAGUUGAAGAGAAGAUUGAUUUAACAGAAGAGCCAGACAUUGUAGACGAUGAAGUCACUCAAAUAGAUGAUGAAGACAUAACAGAAAAAAAUGAGAUUGAAAGGAAUGAAGAUUGUUUGGAAAUCACAAGCGAGUCUACGGACGUCUCGCAUUCAUCGCCUGAAUCAGAGGCGGGUUCAGAUAACUCUGAAAAAGAUAUUUCAGAAUCCUGUCAUGAUACUUCAGCCGACCAAACCGAUGCUGCAUCCAACAGGUGAUAUUUGAGCAGCUGCUGGUAUAAAUGCGUGUAAAUGUGACUGGAUCUGAGUGUCUUUACUGAGACUGUUGUUGAAUAUUUAACUUAUUGUACAGUGGAGUGGAAAUUGUAAGUGGGAUGGGAUUUUUCUUUUGUAGCGUAAAACUGCAUUCAUUCAACGACAUAACUGUUCUUUUUGUUUAUACGUCAGCAGAAAGCAAUCCAUCAGCGCACAUGCAGUGUUAGACUUUAUUGUCUAUGGACUGACAAUGUGGUGGUUUUACAUCCUUGAUCAGCAUAGGUACCCCAUUAUGUGUUACAGUGGACCUGAACCUGUAAUAUAAGACAUUUUCACACAGUCAGAUUUAAUCUACUUGGCUUGAAGGCAGUGACUCAAAACAAAUUAAAAUAAUUACCUAAAUUAUUGCAUCUUAAAUGAAGAACAGUUACACCCUAUUUUAUAAGUAUGAUUAAAAAUGUUUAAUUUACAAUUAUUUCAUGCAGUGUUUGUUUUUACAGAUCAUUUGUUGUUAUUAAGGGUUUUCACAAAAAUAUAUAAAGGAAUUUUGAAAUUAAGUAAAAGUAGCAUUUAUUAUUUAUAUCCUUUCUUUCUUUAGAGAAGUUUCACGAUGCUCUGCUUUAAACGGGAGCAAAAUUGAGUUGCCCAAGUAUUUUGACUUAAUGGACAGAAAUGUAGUCUGAAUAAUGCGUUACUGUAAGUCUGAAUUAAAAUGUUUCUUAUUUCUGAACUUUACGACUGUCACAUCAUGUUUUUACUAAUCUUUUUACAUUAAACAUUCAUUGGCUGUGCUGAA